AUGUCCGAAACGUCAUCUUCUGUCCAAGUCUUAAAACCGACUUCUGCUCUUAAAGAAUUAAACUAUAAUAUAAUGUCCGCACCAGUGGGAAUAUUGCGUAACACUAAUCACGAGCAACAGAAAAAACCCUCGGCGAACGCUCUUUCCGACUCCUCCGAAUCUGAUAUUGAGGGUGCUAACCAAGGUGACUAUUUACAAGGAGACGAAACUGAACCCGAAGGAGGUUUGAAUCCGGAAGAAGCUCGAGAAACUUUAAAGCAUGAGAAUAUAAUAAAAUGUGGAUAUCUCGAAAAGAAACAAGAGAUACGAAAUAAUUGGAAACGGAGGUGGUUUGUGUUAAGACCUACAAAGCUAGCUUACUAUAAAAGUGAAAAGGAAUACGAGCUUCUUCAAAAUCUAGAUUUGAAUGACAUUCGGGCAGUCGCUGAAGUAAAACUAAAAAAUAAGACGGACGUCUUUGGUAUCGUAACACCAAAACGUACAUAUUAUGUUCAUGCAGCUAGCAAAAAAGAACUCGAUGAAUGGGUGGACGCGAUAAAUAAAGUCAAGAAGGAGGUACAAGAUAGUGACCUUUUAGAUGUUGACGAUGAGGGAAGUCAGGCCGAUAGUGAGAUUAUGAACUCAUAUAAAGGCAAAUCUCCAGCAAAUAAAUUACAUUCCUUGAAACUUGAAACACCGUUGUCGUCGGGACAGGCUGUAGAUGAAGCAAUGUCCAGAUCACCGGAAUCUCCGGGCAUCGAAAUUCCGAGGUCACCGCCAUUUCAAUCGUCGGAACAGGGCGAAGGUGCUGCGGGUCCCAUUCCUAACGGCCUGUCAUCACCCUCAAGCCCAGUGACGGGUCAAUUCGCACCGGAUAGGAAAGACAGCAGUUCCGAGGAAUAUGAGGCUGAAAUGGGCGAGGAAGAAGAGAACGAUGAUACAAUCCGUAGUGGAUAUGUGUACAAACUUGAUAGAUACAAGGGUAAGCGUGCACACAAGAACAUUAAUCUUUCGGACAUCCUUGACGCUAUCGAAAUCGAUGAUAUAUCCAAAUCAAAACAACAUUGUUUUAAAAUCAUCACUCCUAAACGAAAUUACAUCUGCCGUGCCUCGAGUGAAGAAUUGCAAGUUGCUUGGUUGGCUGCUUUGCAAAUGGCUCUGAACAAGACAAAGGAAAAACGAAAAGAAUAA